ACGAAAUCAUUUUUUCAAAUGAUACACUUUGAAUUUCGUGUCGUGGACUGGUUUGCUAUAAAGUUGCACACUACGUAUCGUCGUCUCUCGUCUUUUUUUCUGUAUUGUAUCCGAAUUUAUACAAACCAGGAUGGCUUCGGCUAAGCAGUCAAAAGAAAAGGAUCCUGCGGAUAUUGUUAAUCAGAACGCAAUUCACAUCGAGACCAUAAAGAAAGAGAAUAGGAGCCAAAAAGUGUACACGCUAUUUAGCAUCAACCCGUACAAAAGACUUCACAUUUUGACUGACAAACCUAUGGCUGGCAACAAGACACACGACCAAGUGCAGGAGGACCCUGCUUUCCUAAGGGCCAUCCACAGGGCUUGUUUGGAGCCAACCAAGAAAUACACUCACCCCCAAACUGAGAGCCAGGAGAUAGGCUGGAUAUCCAGACCUCUGAUUGUUUCAGAUCGCAGCGAUAGAAGACUGAACUGGUCACGGCAGAACUCUGAGAUCACCAAGUACAUGGAUGCAGCAUGGCGUCUCAAAGAACAGACACAGAACCAGUGUUAGAUCUACAGCCUACCAGACUUCAUUAUGAUAACCUGGGUCAUUGGUCUCUUUACUGGAUAAAAAUUGAGUGGAAACACAGCUAUGAAGAAUAAUACUUUACUGUCCAAAGGAAAUACAAUGUAACUGGUUGCAGGCAGACCUACUGUAAUUAAGCAAUAAGGCCCAAGGGGGUGUGGUAUAUGGCCAAUAUACCACAGCUAAGGGCUGUUCUUGUGUGCAACGCAGAGUGCCUGGAUACAACCUGUAGCCAUGGUAUAUUGACCAUGUACCACAAACCCCCAAGGUGCCUUAAUGCUAUUAUAAACUGGUUACCAACAUAAUUAGAAGAGUGAAAAUAAAUAGUCACACCCGUGGUAUAUCAGACCGUAUACCACGGCUUUCAGUCAAUCAGCAUCCAAGGCUUGAAACACCCAGUUUAUAACAAACACCACACAUGAGAAACAUGAAGCAGCAUACUAAUCAUUCAUUCAAGUUAAACAGAUGCAGGUGUAGCCUGGUCCCUGUUUGUGCUCUUGCCAUCUCCAUCAGUCAUUGUCAAGCAAAACUCAGCAUGAAAUUAGUUGGUAUAAUAGCACAGACUGGCACUCAGGCUAGAGAAGGGGUUCUUGCCCAAAAUGUACCAACUAUUGUCAUACCUGCAACCUGUUUGCAGAAGAAACAUUUACCCAGAUCUAUAGAAAGUAAUACAUUGGCCCACUACACAUUAAUAAUAUUGAUACAUGGAAAAGGCCAAACACGACAGCUGUUCAAUAUUAGAAAAUAUCACAUCCCUAAAGGUAGUGAAUCAGGGGGUCAAUAAGCAGACUUGCAAAGUGUGCAUUUUACAAAAAUCUAUCAAGUAUUUACUCAAACUAGAUGACAUACAUUUGUGGAAAUAGUUUCACAAACGUAGACGCCCUACAACAAAGUAUAAAGAUCUCCUUUAAAAGAUACAUGGAUUUAUUUUACUGCCGAUAAUAAAAUGUCAUUGUACCGUUGAUGUCCAUAUUCAUGUUAGAGGUUUAAACCAUUUAAAAAAAA